CUACCAGGCGCAUAUAUAGCUGCUGUGUUGCUCUUAGCUUCUGCGUCCGAGGAGGGUUGUCUCAAUACCUAAUCUUUCCAAACCUCUUGCUACGGAGAGGUCCACUUUCUCUCUCACCCACGUAUCCUGAUCGAUCUUUUCUGUUCCAGCGAGCUUGCUUUACCCCGCGGGCCGACUCUUCACCGUCUUGAUCGCUUCUACCUCGCCCUGACACCCUUUGUCUAAUCAUCUGGUUUUCUCCAUUUCGUAAAGCGCCUUCACGAUGUCCGCAGAACAACCUGCCGAAGCUGCCUCCGCUAGUAACCCUCUGGCAGAUCGCAUCACGACGGCCGAUGGAUCGAAGCCUGAAGUAACCACUGAAACGACCGACAAUGAACAACAGGCCGAUGGCGCUGCCGCACAGUUGGGCGGCUCCGAACUUAACGAGCCUGAAUACACGGUCGAAGUCAAACUCAGCGAUCUCCAGGCGGAUCCUAACAACCCUCUUUUUUCCGUGAAGAGUUUUGAGGACCUUGGACUGGACCCUCGCAUCUUGCAAGGACUGUCUGCCAUGAACUUCCGUAAACCCUCGAAAAUUCAAGAAAGAGCGCUCCCGUUGCUCUUGAACAACCCUCCCAAGAAUCUGGUCGGCCAGUCCCAGUCGGGUACCGGAAAGACCGCUGCAUUCGUCCUCAAUGCCCUAAGCCGUUUGGAUUUGUCAACAGAACAGGCGCAAAAGACACCCCAGGCUUUGAUCUUGGCUCCAACUCGAGAGCUGGCCCGUCAGAUCGUUGGUGUUGUCCAGGUCAUGGGCCAGUUCCUGGACGGCCUUAACGUCUCCACAGCCGUUCCUGCAGACACUAACAGUCGCCAUUCGAAGAUCGAGUCCUCCGUUGUCGUUGGUACUCCGGGAACAGUCAUGGAUAUGAUCAAGAAGCGUAUCAUGGUUGCGAAUAAGCUGAAGGUUCUCGUUCUGGAUGAGGCGGAUAACAUGCUCGACCAGCAAGGUUUGGGCGAUCAGUGUAUUCGUGUCAAGGCUUUGCUGCCAAAGGAUAUCCAAGUCGUUCUUUUCUCCGCCACCUUCCCCACCCACGUUCACCAAUAUGCGUCCAAAUUUGCCCCACAGGCCAACGAAAUUACACUGCAGCACGAAGAACUGACCGUCGAGGGUAUCAAGCAACUUUAUCUUGACUGUUCCGACGAGGAGGAUAAGUAUAAGACUCUUGUCCAGCUCUACGGUCUUCUUACCGUCGCUUCCUCUAUUAUUUUCGUUAAGACACGAGCAUCCGCCGUUGAGAUUGAAAAGCGCAUGGUCGCCGAAGGUCAUACCGUUGCAUCUCUGACUGGUGGUAUCGAGGGUUCUCAGCGUGACGCUGUUAUUGACCAAUUCCGUGCUGGCCAGGCUAAGGUGUUGAUUACGACCAACGUGCUCGCCAGAGGUAUUGAUGUCUCUACAGUGUCCAUGGUUAUUAACUAUGACAUCCCCGAGCUUCACCAACCUGGCGCGCGGGAACGCCAGGCGGACUUCCAGACCUACCUGCACCGUAUCGGUCGUACCGGACGUUUCGGCCGUGUUGGCGUCUCCAUCUCAUUCGUUUCUAACCGGGAGGAGUGGAAUAUGCUCAACCAGAUCCAACAAUACUUUAACUGCACUAUCCAGCGGGUGGACACGAAGGACUGGGAUGAAGUUGAGGAUAUCAUCAAGAAGACUAUCAAGAAUACCCGCGCCCAGGCCCAGUUCGGGCGGUAAGGUGAGAGGGUUAGGCACGAUGACCUGUAUUGCUUUCAUUGAUGGCUUAUAUGAAGAUUUACGAGGUUUUCUUAUGUGGAGAAAAAAGUCCCGAAGAACAAUAGAUACCAACGAC